GGCAUAAAUCAGACACUGUGGUCAGAAUCUGUAGCAAAUUCGCGAAAGCAAAUAUGCUUAGGCUCGCAUCGAAGAGGGUUCUAGGGAUAGCGUCAAGGGACGGGGCGACACGGCCGGCCCAGGUGCUGCCACGCCUCUACCAUGAGAGGGUCAUCGAGCACUACGACAAGCCCCUGAACGUCGGAUCCUUUGACAAAAAUGAUCCGGCGGUGGGCACCGGUCUGGUUGGCGCGCCCGCCUGCGGGGACGUCAUGAAGCUCCAGAUCAAGGUUGACGAGGAGACCGGGAAGAUCGUCGACGCUCGCUUCAAGACCUUCGGUUGUGGCUCCGCGAUUGCGUCCUCGUCCGUAGCUUCUGAAUGGGUUAAGGGGAAGCAAUUGGAGGAAGUCGUUUCCAUUAAAAACACGGAAAUUGCAAAAUAUCUCUCUCUCCCACCAGUAAAGUUGCACUGCAGCAUGCUUGCUGAGGAUGCAAUCAAGGCUGCUGUUAAAGAUUAUGAAGCUAAACGUACCAACUCAAAUGGAAGUACAACGGCAGAACCUGCAGUGAAGGCCGCUGAAGCAUGAUGAUGCCCAUGUUAUUUGAUGACGAAAAUAUAUGGGAGUCGGACUAGUGGUCUCUACGUACUGAUUAUCUAGUGAUUGUAUAAUAAUGAAGUGUACUUAACGAGAACAGCUUCAGAACACAAGCUCUUGGAGAUAUUCAAUUAAGAAGUGUUUUUAAAUUUUGUUUCCCUUGGACGAUGUUUAAGGUUUGAUUUUGUUAUAUUGCGCGACUGUUUGUGGACCUGUUAUACUAAAUAGGGUUUCUCCGCAUUAUAGUAUAAAAUUCAGUUAUCUUUUCUUUGA